CCUAUGCAUUUAAUUACUUCAUUCAAUUGAUCUUUUUUGUAAAAUAAGCUAAAAAUGAGUUUUAAAUGGAAGUACAUUAUACUGGAUCAUCUACGGCACCGCCAUGAAAGUCCAAAAAUGAUGAAGUCUCAUUUAGAUCGCUUACUAAAGCCAGCAGCUGCGUUCACAGUCACCAUCAGUUUCACAAUUCUCUUCAUCUUGCUCCCCCGCCCGUUAAACCCGUCUCCCAGCAAACCCGAUCCGAUGGCCCGAAGCUUCGUCCUGUGGCUCCACGGGUUGGGCGAUUCGGGACCCGCCAAUGAGCCCAUUAAGAACCUCUUCACUUCUCCCGAGUUCAAGAACACAAAGUGGUCGUUUCCUUCUGCACCUAAGAAUCCAGUCACAUGUAACUAUGGUGCUGUGAUGCCGUCAUGGUUUGACCUACACGAAAUACCAGUGUCAGCAAGCUCCCCAAAUGAUGAAAGUGGUGUGCUAAAAGCAGUUCAAAAUGUUCAUGCUAUGAUAGACAAAGAGGUCACUGAUGGCACAAAUCCUAAGGACAUAUUUAUUUGUGGAUUUAGCCAAGGGGGUGCCUUGACCUUAGCAAGUGUUCUGCUAUACCCAAAAACUCUAGGAGGCGGUGCUGUGUUUAGUGGAUGGGUUCCUUUUAAUGAUUCUAUACUUGAGAAUCUAACACCUGAGGCAAAAAAAGACACCUAUUUUGUGGUCUCAUGGCAUGGCAGAUAAAACAGUACUGUUUGAAGCUGGACAAGCUGGACCACCUUUCCUGGAAAGAGCGGGUAUUCCCUUCGAGUUUAAGGCUUAUCCCGGCCUCGGCCAUUCUCUAAACCAGGAGGAGUUGCGAUAUUUGGAAUCCUGGAUCAAGGCUCGUCUCCAUAGUUCUUCUUAAGGGUUAGUUUGGAUGGACGAUUUUGGACGUCGAAUAUCUUGAUGAAUAAACUCAAAUGUAUUUAAAAAAACAAAAUAUAUGAUAGUUAGUGUUAUAUGAUCCACCUAUUAUCUUAUUCCUCCACAAGCCUAUUAUCCAAACAGACUCUAAAGGUCCCAUUUGAUCGGAUUCUUCAUAAACAUUUUUUUAUAGUUGUAAAUCUCUUUCCUG